CGUAAAUCCAUGAUUUUCCCUGCAGGCUGCUUUAGGGUCAAUCGUCACUUACCAUUCAAACUCAGAUAAUCUUUAGCUCAGCGUGUUAUUUGUAACUCAAUGACCCACAUAAAAGUAUACUUAUGUAUCUUGAUGUACAUAGAACCCACCCUCAUACGGCCAGGGGGAUGGAAGGUGGGUUGACCGUUGUCGAAGCAGCACAAGUUAGUUACCUUAACUUAUUUUCUAAAUGAAUGGGAAGUGAAUCUUCUCAGACGAUCAUAGAUACGCUGCAACCAUCAACUCUAUUUUCCUCCUCUUCCUCUUCGCUCGUUACAGUAAUACUUCCUGUUGUUGAUACUUUAUAGCAAAUUGUUUCAUGUGCAGCUUCGCCUAAUUGUUCUGUCUUCUCUCUUCUCCUUUUACAACCCUAGGAAAAUGGCGCCGCGAUUCGGCAGCCUGUUGUUGCUUGCCGCGGUCGCCGGUGUGUCUGGGCAGACAGUCAGUGAUGAUAGGACCACCGCUACCGACUCAACCAUCAGUACCACUGAUAUCACAACUCCGACCAAUUUGUAUGAGUCGUUCGCUUCUCAGAUAACAUUAAGCACAGACUUGGGAACCACCGGCAAUGUAAUGAGUAGUUUGGGCACAGACAAUAUCACGAGGUCUACGAUUAGCUCUUCGACGUCCGACACCGUCACGUUCUUGACUGGCUCUGCCGCGACAACGACGACAAUAUCGGGGAAUUUCUCUUCCACCUCGUCUGCCAUACCGCAAGUGACAAACACGCAACCAUGCAACAAUUACCCAGAAUUUUGCAGCAGAAAAUAUAGCAAUAUCACCCAUAUUGCAUGCCACAAUUCCCCCUUUACCACGCCCAACAACCUUGCGGCGAAUCAACAAUACGACGUCACUUCACAGCUGAAUGAUGGCGUACGAUUUCUUCAGGGACAAAUACAAUGGCCGUCUGGAGGGAACGAGCCGCAUUUCUGCCAUACAAGUUGCGAUAUUUUAGAUGCUGGGCCGAUCACCGACUGGCUUGGACAGGUUAAGAAUUGGGUUGCGAGUCACCCAUAUGACGUCGUCACCAUUCUCCUAGGGAACGGAAAUUAUUCUACUCCUAACCUAUACGUACCGUUUAUCGAACAGACCGGUAUAUUACGUUACAUCUACACUCCGCCGGUGGUUCCUAUGGCGUUAGAUGACUGGCCGACUCUCAGUGAAAUGGUCUUGAAGGGACAAAGAGUUGUGAUGUUCAUGGACUAUAUGGCGAACCAGACAGCCUAUCCAUGGUUGUUGGACGAGUUCUCGCAGUUGUGGGAAACCCCCUUCGACCCGACUGACAAGAACUUCCCAUGCACCGUACAGCGACCCCCGAAUCUAGCCGCCCCAGACGCUAAGAACCGACUAUACAUGAUCAACCACAACCUGAACAUUGAGAUUUCGCUUCUUGGCACUGAUAUGUUGGUACCUGCUCGGACCGAGUUAAACGUGACGAACAACGUUACUGGGUCUGGCAGUCUCGGUAUUUCAGCUAACAACUGCCGUAGCGACUGGGGGCGGGCACCAAACUUCCUUAACGUCGACUACUACAACAUGGGUGGAUACCCUGGUUCUGUCUUCGAAGUAGCGGCUCAGAUGAACAACGUCACUUACAACCGCCAAUGCUGUGGUAUGGCCACAAACGGAGCAGAAAAGCUGUUCAGCAACGGAUUUAUAUACUCACUAGUUAUGAUGGCAUUAUUCUGGGCGUUCCUAUAAAUAGAUUUCGGUGGCAUUGUUGGGGAUGUGGUUCAUUGCGUUGAUGGCGUUUUCUACAUAGACGGAGCGUUAUACCACGCAUGUUAAAUAUGCCUUUUUUGAGUUGGUAAUAUCUUGGAAAUCGGCACAUUCCAUCCUUAGGAUGUUGAGUAAACAUUAAUUUGAUACAGAGAUCUUUGGUGUCAAAUAACAGCGAGUUAAUUGAGACGUUGCACGACGAGUCAUGGA